AUGAGCAAUCGGCGCCUAUCCACAACCCGGCCAAUUGAGUCUGUCAAGGCAACCGACGACACAGCACAGGACAAUGGCCCUCCGCUUAAACUACAGUUGGAUGUGCAGAUCAUCGCACCCACUAUAGUGGUGCCCAGAGGCACGAACGAUGAGACUGUGGUGGUUGCUGACCUGGGUGUGUUCUCAGCCACCAAUCAGAUCAGCACAGACGCGCAGGGUCUGCUAGUCGACACCAUGUCUGUAUGUAUCUGUGGUGAAACAAUGAGUCAUGUGU